UGACGGAUCAUCCAUACUAUCUACUUUGCCCCACGAAAUAAUUGCCUGGGCCUUCGUUUCUGAGAGACAUAUCCUUCAUUCUACGAGCAUUCUGAGAGAUGACCUCUACUAUUACUACGCCAGUGCUCAGAUUACGGCCAAUGCCUUUACAGCAGGCAGCAAGGGAUUGUGAGGAGGCUCUUUUGGGGUGUCUUCAGCACCCACAGCUCCAGCUCCGGUGCUUUGAGAACCAGCUUGGUAGUUUUCGUCUAUGGGCAGCAAGCAUGCAAGUGUUUGUCAACUCAAGAGCCUCGCUUGACUAUCGUUUGCGGUUGAACGAGAAUGCUCGGGAUAUGGUUUUACAGUUGUUACUGUUGUUACUGUUGUUGCAAGACUUGCUCAUGAACACCAUAUAUUGUAAGAUACUUCAUUAGCUGGGUUAUGAGCAUUCUCAAUCUAGAGGGAAAUGAAUCAAUCUUUCACAAAUACAUUGAUUCAGGAACACCCAUAAAUUUUCAUAAACUUCCCUAAUCAAUGCUAGUUUCGCAUAUAUACUGACUGUCAUAGCUGAUUGCACAGGUUUGAAAAUUACCAUGGACAACGUAUCAAACAUGACGAGACAAAGCGAGAAGGUCAAAGAUUCUUCGACGGAUUCGACAGCUAGCACGACUGGACCUUCAGCGGUUGAAAAUAUCUUGGCACAAGUUGAUGGAAUCAUCAGCAGGUUACAGAGAAUCUCAUCUGCGAUUCAACAAGCGUCAAGAGCUCAACUUAAUACCAAGAUUACACGUUUUGACAUAGACACCCCCGUGGACUUAGUUCAGCAUAAUGAGCUUAGGGAAUUUGUUGCGUCAAUGUUGAAGAUUCGCUAUCCUGACUCAAGUGAUGAAUUUCGUGAUCUGAUACUACAUGCUAUACUUUAA